CCCAGGAGAGUGGAGUUUCGGUCUGUGAUCUGUCCGGUCAGCUGCAGCCGAUCGCAAACAGAGCUCGUCUCCGCGGAGUCGCGGCACCAUGGGGGCGGAGAAGAGGCUGCUGCCGAUUAAGGAGGCCUUUCAGCUGGCCCAGCAGCCACACCAGAACCAGGCGAAGCUAGUGGUGGCGCUGAGCCGCACCUACCUCACCGUGGAUGAUAAAACAGUUUUUCAUGAGGAGUUCGUUCAUUACCUUAAAUAUGCUAUGGUGGUCUAUAAACGUGAACAAGUUGUGGAGAGGGUAAUAGAAUUUGCAGCGAAGUUUGUUACUUCAUUUCACCAAUCAGAUAUGGAAGAGGAUGAGGAAGAGGAAGAUGGUGGCAUUUUAAAUUAUUUGUUUACUUUUCUAUUAAAGUCUCAUGAAGCAAACAGCAAUGCAGUUAGAUUUAGAGUGUGCCAGCUCGUAAACAAGCUCUUGGGAAGUAUGCCAGAAAAUGCCCAGAUUGAUGAUGAUUUGUUUGAUAAAAUUAAUGAAGCAAUGCUUAUUAGAUUGAAAGAUAAAAUUCCAAAUGUGAGGAUACAGGCAGUUCUGGCUCUUUCACGACUUCAGGAUCCCAAAGAUGAUGAAUGCCCAGUGGCUAAUGCAUAUGCUACUUUGAUUGAAAAUGAUUCAAAUCCAGAAGUUAGACGGGCAGUGUUAUCAUGUAUUGCACCAUCAGCGAAGACUUUGCCAAAAAUUGUUGGGCGCACCAAGGAUGUGAAAGAGGCUGUCAGAAAGCUGGCUUAUCAGGUUUUAGCUGAAAAAGUUCAUAUGAGAGCUAUGUCCAUUGCUCAGAGAGUAAUGCUCCUUCAACAAGGUCUUAAUGACAGAUCAGAUGCUGUGAAACAAGCUGUGAAGAAGCAUCUUCUCCAAGGCUGGUUACAGUUCACCGAAGGAAAUAUAUUAGAGUUGCUUCAUCGGUUGGAUGUGGAAAAUUCUUCUGAAGUGGCAGUCUCUGUUCUCAAUGCCUUAUUUUCAGUGACACCUCUUAAUGAACUGGCAGAAGUCUGUAAAAAUAGUGAUGGCAGGAAAUUGAGUCCGGUGGAAACAUUAACUCCUGAAAUUGCUUUGUAUUGGCGUGUCCUUUGUGAAUAUUUGAAGUCAAAAGGAGAUGAAGGAGAAGAAUUUUUAGAGCAGAUUUUGCCAGAACCUGUAGUAUAUGCAGAGUAUUUACUGAGUUAUAUUCAGAGCAUUCCAUUUGUUAAUGAUGAACAGAAAAAUGAUUUUUCCUGUAUUGAAAAUCUGAUGACAAAAGAGUUCAUAGGUCAGCAAUUGAUUCUAAUUAUUAAGUCUUUGGACACCAAUGAAGAAGGAGGAAGGAAACGACUGCUGGCUAUUUUGCAGGAGAUUCUCACUCUACCCACAACCCCGAUAUCCCUAAUUUCUUUUCUCGUUGAGAGACUGCUUGACAUCGUUAUAGAUGAUAAUAAGAGAAUACAAAUUGUUACAGAAAUCAUCUCAGAGAUUCGGGCGCCCAUUGUCACUGUUGGUGUUAAUCCAGCUGAUGUAAGAAAGAAAGAACUCAAGAUGGCUGAAAUAAAAGUGAAACUUAUUGAGGCAAAAGAAGCUUUGGAAAAUUGUAUUACCUUACAGGAUUUUAAUCAAGCAUCAGAAUUAAAAGAAAAAAUAAGAGCAUUAGAAGAUGACAAAUCAAACCUAUUGAAAGAGACUGAGCAACUUGAAAUUAAAGAAGUCCAUGUAGAGAAGAAUGAUGCUGAAACACUACAGAAGUGUCUUAUUCUGUGUUAUGAACUGUUGAAGCAGAUGUCCACUUCAAUAGGUAUAGGUGCAACCAUGAAUGGCAUCAUUGAAUCUUUGGUAUGUUUGUGGCCUUUGAAGCUUUAUUUUUGCCCACUCCUUCUUCAUUUUAUUCUUCCUGGAAUAAUAAGUGUUCAUCCUGUAGUAAGAAACCUGGCUGUUUUAUGCUUGGGAUGCUGUGGACUACAGAAUCAGAGUUUUGCAAGUAAACACUUUGUGUUACUAUUGCAGGUUUUGCAAAUUGAUGAUGUGGCCAUAAAAAUAAGUGCUUUAAAAGCAAUCUUUGACCAACUGAUGACAUUUGGGAUUGAACCAUUUAAAACUAAAAACAGCAAAGCCCUUCAAAGUGAAGAUGCAGAAAUAAACACUGAUGAAGAGCAAGAAUCAAAAGAAGCAAAAGAGACUGCUACAGCCAAGCAUAUUCUGAAACUCCUUGCUGAUUUCUUAGACAGUGAGGUGUCUGAACUCAGGACAGGAGCUGCAGAAGGACUAGCCAAGCUGAUGUUCUGCGGGCUCCUGGUCAGCAGCAGGAUUCUCUCUCGCCUCGUCUUGUUAUGGUACAACCCUGUGAGUGAGGACGAUGUGCGCCUGCGCCACUGCCUGGGCGUGUUCUUCCCCAUGUUCGCUUAUGCAAGCAGGACUAAUCAGGAGUGUUUUGAAGAAGCCUUUUUUCCAACUCUGCAAACACUGGUCAGUGCGCCUGCGUCUUCUCCUUUAGCUGAAAUAGAUAUCACUAAUGUCGCAGAGUUAUUUGUAGAUUUGACAAGACCAAGUGGAUUAAAUCCUCAGGCCAAGAACUCCCAGGAUUACCAGGCCUUAACAGUUCAUGACAAUUUGGCACUAAAAAUUUGCAAUGAGAUUUUAACAUGUCCGUGUUCACCAGAAAUUCGGGUCUAUACAAAAGCCUUGAGUUCUUUAGAACUCAGUAGCAAUCUUGCUAAAGAUCUUUUGGUUCUGUUGAAUGAGAUUCUGGAGCAAGUAAAAGAUAAGACAUGUCUGAGAGCUUUGGAGAAAAUCAAGAUGCAGUUAGAAAAAGGAAAUAAAGAAUAUGGUGACCACGCUGUAACGGCACAGGAUGCCAGCAUAACUACGACUAUUUGUCAAAAGGAAGACGAAAAGAAUAAAGAAGCAUGCAUAACUCCUCACAAGGAUGUAAAAGCAGCCCGAGUAUCAAAAUCCACUCAACAAAGGACUAAUAGAGGACGCAGAAAAGUGACAGCUUCAGCCAGGAUUAGCAGGAGACGUCAGACUUCGGAGACUGACUCUGAAAGUGACCGUGAAGUUCCAGAGCCACAAUCAGAAAUGAAGGUGAGAUUCCCGAGAAGAGCCAAAACAGCAGCACUAGGAAAAACUAAACUUAACCUUGAGAAAUUUCUCAGCGAAGACACAAAUUAGAAGAGAUGAUGGAGGUGGAGUCCUUUUAUAAAUGUCCUUUAAAAUUAUGUUCAGUUCUUUGCUUCAAUAAACUUAUCCUUGUGUCAACAUUAGAAAAAGCUUGAUGUCUUGUAGGACUUUGUGCUCUGUGAUUGAUGUACUUCGCUGUGGUGGAGCAUUCGGACAGUAUCUGUCAGGCCUCACAAACCUACAUCAAUCAGAAUCUAAGGCGGGGAAGGCCUGGGAACCUCCCUGUUAAACAGGCUCUCCAGAUGAUGCACAGGAAUGCUCAUGUUUAAAAUCCUGGCCGUAUAGACAACUUUUAGUUAACUGGCUACUAGUUUGCAUUUGAGAAGCUUAUGACUUAGAUAGAGCAGGUCUAACACACGAACACAUUUCAACCUCUACACAUUUAAAAAGUGACACCUCAAGGGCAAAUGAAGCACCACACACUGGCUAGAAAGGAGCUUACUUCCAGGGAGGAGCACUAGCGUAAUAAACCAAAUUACCCAGCAUCCAAAUUCAACAGUUCUUACUUUGAUAAUAUUGUUUUGUGUUUCUUACACUGAGAACAUUUUUGAUAGUGCUGCCUGCGUGGGGAAUUCCUUAAAAUAUUUGCAGAUGAGCGCCCUCGUUUUGCGUGUUUGUGAUGGUGUUUCCUGGGCCGGGGAGAUGUUAACACAUACAUAUUAAUCGUGGACUUGCUUUCUAUGUUUUUGUUUGGCAUGACAAAAUAAAUAUUUAUUGUGGAUAAAAAAAUAAUACUAGUGGGAAAAGAAUGUGACAGGAAGUCCUCUACAUACUAAUUUAUGGGCGCUGUUUCUUUACUGUCAGUUUCAUUUAUCUUCUGAUAUUGGCACUUGCCUGACUUACGAAACUUAUACUGUAGAAAAUUAGUCUUCUGCAACACCCAACAAAACACCUGUUCUUAUCCCUCUGAUAAUUACUUUUUUAUUAUUCAGAAUAUAAAUGCCCUAAUAUUGGAUCUGUUUGAAUAAUUGUGCUUUUUAGGUUUUUUUCCAGAGGCCAUUUUUUUAAGGUGAUGUUCUAAGAUGGAGCUAAAGUUAAGAUUCUUGUGCUUUUUAGAACCAAAUUGCUAUCUUACAUACAUAUGUGCUUUAUAAAACUCAGAAAUAUAAAAGGCGUCUGAAAGUUACUAAGUACGGAUGCUUACUAAGCAAAAGGAAAAGGCAGGUAUGGUGGUGAUAUCAAACAAUGAAAAAUAGGUGAUUGUUUUUCAUUCUGUUGGCUCUGUGUCUUGUGCUUCAAAUUAUGUAAAUCUUUUGUUAAAUCCCUGUUGUUUUAAAAAUAAGUUUUUUUUGGGGGGGGGGAGGGAGGGAAAAAUAAAGACUUAAAAAAAUACACAAAGUAAGUUCCAUUGACCUCACAGCCAGGCUAUCCAAAGGGAAGGAGCCAUUUUCUUAUACACUUACAUAGACCACCAUACCAAAGCUUUCUUUAUCCAGCUGGGAAAAAGAAAUUUAAGCACCAAAUCUUUAGUAUUCUUCCUAUUCAAGUUUUAGACACAAUCACAUAAGCCAUUGCUGAAGCUAUGCUUUUGCACGAUUAGAGUUAAGGAAUAUCCUGGUUAAAAAAAAAAAAAUCCCUUUACACUUUAAAUGGCUAAAAUACAAUAAAAUGAAUAGGUGUAAAUCCAUUUACCAUUUUUCAUUCAAAACUGGUAACUUACAGAAACCACAUGGUAUUCUUGUCUGUAAGAGGCACAGGUUUGCUGAAGAGUAAACAUGCAAUUUGUGCCAUUGUUCUUACAGCCCACAGACUUUAAAGGUUUAAAAGUACAGAGAAAGAAAACUGAUCAGCUCAAAUUCUAUGAAUGGAAACAUGCUACUUGAUAAACUGGUCAUUUUUCUACACAUAACCAAGAGCGAGGGAGUCUAAGAGAUACCUUUGCCUUUUAUCAAUUUGCUUCGAGGUAGUUGGUAUCCACCUGUUUAUACAACUGUUCACGGGUCAGGUCAUCACACAUCUUUACAAUACUAGCCUUCUAAAUCACAAUUCGUUAUAUAUUAAAACUUUGUGCACAGAAAUAAAACGGGUCAUUAUGUACUUAAACAUAGGGCAUAAAAAAUUCACAAAAUACCAUUAAAAAGAGAAACAUCAAAAUCCAUCUGUACUGCAAAAUUCCACAAUGGUCUGGUGUAAAACGUAAAAAAACAAACAUACAAAGAAUAUAAUCAAAAUGAGUAAUGCUAAUGAUUGAAUAUAAAGACAGAUCACAGGACUAGAAAUAGUUCAAGAUCAACUGAUAAAUGCUUAUUGUUCAGCAGAAAGAGUAGUGACGUACAAAAUAA